AUGGGUUCUAACAUUGUUGGUUGUUGUAUUUGCAGGCCGUAUGUUCUUAUCGGAGCUCCCAAGGCCAAUACGAGCCAGCCAAACGUAACGGAGAGCGGCGCAGUUUACUCGUGCGCCUGGGGACAGAACGACACCGAAUGCCAGCAGGUUCCUUUCGAUCUAACAGGUAACCGGUUAUAUAACGAGACUGAAGCCAUGGAGCUGAAAUCGAACCAGUGGUUCGGCGCGACAAUCCGAUCCCACAACCACACGAUCCUGGCCUGCGCCCCUCGCUACACGUGGAGAGAGAACAUGGAGAACAACGAGCUGGUGGGGACCUGCUACCUGUCCAUGGGCAACUUCAGCCACGUGGUGGAGUACGCGCCAUGUCGAACGAAUUGGCAUUCUCCCUCAGGCCAUGGCUUCUGCCAGGCUGGCUUCAGCGCGGACCUGACAGAGAGUGGUCGCGUGGUGCUUGGUGGGCCUGGCAGUUUCUACUGGCAAGGCCAGUUGGUUUCUGCGUUUGUCAAGGACAUUGUUCAGCCGAGUGAAGAGUUCAACUUCAUCCAGUACACCACGGGGGAGGUCCACACGCCAGUGUCGCCCGGCUCCCUGGACGACAGCUACAUGGGUUACUCUCUGGCCGUGGGGGAGUUCAGUGGCGAUUCCAUUGAAGACUAUGUGACGGGAGUGCCUCGCGGGACUGAAUCAGUCGGAUACGUGACCAUUUUAAAUGGAACUAAUAUGAAGGCCUUGUAUAACUUCUCUGGUGACCAGAUGGCCUCCUACUUUGGAUACACAGUGGCAGUGACGGACAUCAACAGCGACGGGUAUGUAGCAGCUCUACCCGCUGCGCCUCUGUGUCUCGGGAGGCAUCUCGGACGUGCAGGCAGGCUGCAGGAGGUCCAUAGUGGCAGAGUCUACGUACUACCUUCAGACCAGGGGGCUGAAGGGCCUGGUCCAGUGUAUCAACGUCACGCAAAACUGUACCUGACCGGCAGCCACGUGUACACGUACGGACGCUAUUGGAACACCGUCGCUGUGACAACACGAUUACUGGAUCAAGACGGCUACAAUGACGUGGCAGUGGGGGCACCGUAUGCUGGCGACCUGCACCAGGGCCUGGUCUACAUCUACAACGGGCGACCCGAGGGGCUGAACAGUACCCCGUCCCAAAUCCUGACUGGACAGUGGGCAGCCAGUGCCAAGAUGCCCGCCAGCUUUGGCUUUGCAGUGCGCGGGGCAACAGACCUCGACAUGAACGGAUACCCAGAUGUCGUUGUGGGUGCGUUUGGCGUGGAUCGUGCUGUGGUUUACAGGGCCAGGCCUAUUGUGCGGGCAAGCGCCACGCUGAAGGUGACCCCCUCGGUCUUCAACCCUGAAGAAAGGGGCUGCACGGUGAACAACACUGACGUUGCGUGCAUCAAUGUCAGCUUCUGCCUGAGCGCUGCCGGGAACCACGUGCCGGACUCCAUCGGUUUCAAGGUGGAGAUACACCUGGACAAACUGAAGCAGAAGGGUGCAAUUAAGCGCAUGCUAUUCCUGCACUCUCAGGAGCCUUUGUAUCAGGAUAACGUCACCAUUACGAAUGGGCAAGGAGGGUUAUGUCGAGAGCUGAAGAUCUAUCUCCUCGAGGAGCAGAAGUUUCGUGACAAACUGUCGCUGAUCCACAUUGCGUUGAACUUCAGCUUGGACCCCGGCAGCCCCAGUGACGACCACGGCCUGCAGCCCAUGCUCAGCUACUCCACCAGCGACUACCUGGUGCAGAAGGCCCAGAUCCAGCUCGACUGUGGAGAUGACAACAUCUGUGUCCCAGACCUACACCUCACUGUUCAAGGGGAUCGCAACACGGUGUACCUGGGCGACGAGAACCGCCUGGCGCUGAACUUCGAGGCGAAGAACCAGGGCGAGGGCGGGGCGUACGAGGCAGAGCUGUACGUCUUCCUUCCCCCGGAGGCCCACUUCAGCGGGAUCGUGCGGGACGAGGGCCUGGCAAUGCUGAGCUGUACCUGUGACAACCAAACCGUGGUCUGCAUCCUGGGCAACCCCAUGAAGCCGGGCACCAACCUAUCCGGCGGCCUCCGCUUCACGGCCCACCAACUGCGCGAUGACAAGAAGUUCAUUGAGUUUGAGCUCCAGAUACGCAGCAAGAACCUGAACAACUCAAGGAGCGAGGUUGUCCCCUACAGGCUGAACAUGGAGGUCCGGGCGCAAGUCAGCAUUCGCGGGGUGUCUAUCCAGGACAAGAUCCUCUUCCCCAUCCCAAACUGGAAGCCCAGCCGGAAGCCGCUGAGUGAAAUGGACAUCGGGCCGUCGGUCAAGCACGUGUUUGAGCUCUCCAACAUGGGCCCCAGCUCCAUCAGCUCCAGCGUGCUGCAGGUCAGCUGCCCCGUCGCGCUGCAGACCGACGGCCUGCUCUACAUCACCGGCUACGAGAGCACGGGGGCCCUGCUCAACUGCUCCGCCAGCUCGCCGCUCAACCCGCUGCAGCUCAAGCUGCACAGUCCCCCGGGAGAGCCAGCGCUGGUGCUGAGCGCCGCUACGCAGAGGCUGCAGCGCUCCGCGGGCCAUCGAGAUGCUGCAUGGGACGAACUGAAGGAGCCCGAGAACCUGAACUGCCAGCAGGUGGAGUGUCUGAACCUGGUGUGUACCGUGGGCCUGGUGCCGCAAGGGGGCAACGUGGUACUGAUGGUCCGCUCUCGUGUGUGGGCACGCACCUUCCUACAGUGGGAAAACCGCCCGUACACGCUGCACUGUAAUGCAUCGUUCCAGGUGCAUUCCAUGCCGUAUCGCAUCCUCCCCGCCGACUAUCCCAGAGGCUCCAUCCAGGUGUCGACCUCGGUGGUGUGGGCCAAGUCGGAGAGCUCGUCUGCUGCUCCUCUCUGGAUCAUCAUCCUGGCCGUGCUCAUCGGCCUGCUCCUGCUCGCUCUUCUCAUCUUCAUCUUGUACAAACUCGACUUCUUCAAGCGGUCCAAGUUGCCGUACGGGACGGCCAUGGAGAAGGCCCAGCUGAAACCACAGGCCGCGUCAGAGGCGUAGCGCCGGGCCUGGCGUUGGCGGGACACUAGACGCGGGUAGAGGUGCCAGGCCGGCACUCCCGCUGCACUGCUCCAUCUCAGAACCGGGGGGGGGGGGGGGGGGAGGGGCGCGGCACCCGGCGCUCCGGCUCCUCCGUGCUCCAGUGCAGCGACGGAGCGGGCCGGGAAGCUGCGGGGGGGGGGGUGCACGGGGGCAGCGGCCGGGCUUCUGCAAGACAAACGUUAUUUAAGGAAAUUUAUUCAGAAGCACUGAUUGUGACUAUUUUAAUGUUAUAUUUUUAACUGUUGGUUGGUUCGAGCUCCGUCUGUGCCGACAUCGAGACGCCAUCGGUCUGGGUGUACAGUUUUACAAACUUCACGAGAGUGCAAUAUAUUUUAUAUUUUCCGGUGAUCUACAGAAACCAGCGUUGGUCGGGGGUCGAAUCUUGGAGGGGAGGGUCAACUGG